AUGGCGAAGGGGGCGAAGAGAAAAACCAAAUGGGUGUCCUUGUCGCUUGCCAACACCACGACCUCGGUAGCGACCGGCUCGGACAGUGAACAGCAUCCGCACCCCCACCACCAGGUUUACGGCGAUGGUCACCGCCAGAAGACACUGAAUGGAUCGGACACAACCACGACCAAGCACAGUAGCAGCAGUAAAGAGUCGGCUAGCGGGCUUGACUCGUCGGAGGAGAACAACACGCACGAACUCCUGGACACACAGAGUGGCCAUCGAACCGACACCAGCGCGAGUGGCAGCGAAUGUCCCACAAAUGGAACGACGCCCUCGGAUAGGCGCACCGGCGGCGCUUACCAUCGGCGCCGUCCGCCACCAUACCACACGCGUUCCAGCUGGACCGCAGGCGGAACGGGGACCGUGGCGACGAAUGGACGAGGGUCGUACAACGGGGGAAACCGCACGGGUUACUACAACGGUGGUGGUUACUACGGACGGAGAUCCUACUACGACUCCCACUCCAGACGGCCAGCAAGCAAAACGACCUCCGGUGAAGGAGGUGGAGAGGGUGCAGGUGGUGGCGGAGGGGGAGGAACUACGGUUAACGAUGAUGAAUACACACGAAUCACGACGCCUCGACAGGAUGUUCUGUUUAAGAAGGGCUACCUUUCGCGUCCGAAGCCGACGACGACGGCGACUGCCAGCACGUCGAACGAAAAUACGGCGUCCAGCUCGAUCGCCGGCACCACGAGCGAAGGCAGCGACGGUGGCAACGGCGGGGGUAGUAACAGCAUUUCCACGACGGAAUCAAUCACUUCCGAGUACGGCGGCUCGUUCGCGGCCGACGGUAGUCCACUGUUCGACUAUCCGUAUCCGUUUCUACCGUGUGGAUACUUUACCGAAAAUGGAGUCCUCGUGAUGAACGGAUUCGCUGUGGAUAAUAACGGUUACUCGUACUUCAACGGCGGCCAGACCUACAUCUACCCUCCGAACUUCAACAACUGCCAGCAGCAACCACCCUCGACGGUGGAACCGACCGACUCGAUGCCAUACCCGGCAAACGACGAAACGAACACGAACAAUCCGGAGGACCAGUCGACGCCGACGAUGGCGGAAGUGGUCGUACCGGAGGGUGGCAUUACUCCGACCGAUGAUUCCUGUAGAGUAGAUGUAGGGGCCGGAGGUGACGGUGGUGGUAACCCUUCUUUCCCUCCGACUACAACCUCCGUGGACCACUGUGAGCCAGUGGAGCAUGCCUCCGAUCUUCCGGCUUGCUCGGAGUUGCAGGAAGAAGCUCCAAUCGAUCCGAAUGCCGUUGGCGAUGGGGUGGCUGCGGAGGGUGAAAUGACGGUUGUGCCGACCCAAGAGGUGUCCGACUAUGAGAACGGCUUCUAUCAGUUCAACGAUGGGUACGAUUUCGCGCAGUUCUACAGCUCCAUCUAUUAUCCUAGCUGGUUGAUGGAACAGUACCGAUUGUAUGACGAUACAGGGGCACCGAUCUACUGCCCGGGAGAGUAUACCAUGCCAAACGGGGACGUGUACACGCAUCAAACGAGCUUUAAGCGACGCAAAAAGCGAUUCCGUCACUUUGAGGAGAACACUGGAGAAAAUGGAACCACUUACGAUGCAGGAGACGUAUCCAGUACAAUGGUGGCUGAAGGUAAUCCACCCAGUGAUACCUUGCCUAACGGCGUGACUCCUGUCAGUGGAGAUUCAACUCACGAGCAUCAGCUUAAUGUCGACGUGCAAGAGUUUUUACCGUCCACCACUACUACCGCCCCGGUGCAAAAUGGUGGAAGUGUUUCAUCCGAUUCCGAAGCGGCCAAACUGGACAAGAAUCAUUCUCCUAGAGUAACGAAGAAGCCACCACCAGCAGUGAAACACCCGAAAUCGUCCUCAAACUCAUUACCCACUGGUUCUACCGCUGCUGUCGGUCAGACAAACGGCACGGCAACGGCUGUACGACCGGUUGCUGCGAUGUCGCACAAGAUUCGGAAGAAGGAUCUCAUAGAAUCGACACUUGCCUUCGCGGAACAGAACAUUGAUCUCACACGCUCGAAGGCGCUCACCAACGGUAUGUCGUCAUUGGAAAGUGAUCUUGAUUGUUGGACGACCAUCGAUCGCAAUGGGCGAAAGAGGAAGGAGCAAGUGGCAAUCGUGAAGGAGAAGCAAGUUCCUGCGCACGUUGAUCAGCGACCCGUAGUUGAGAAAGCUGCAUCACCGCCCGCCAGCGCGCCUUCCCCAACCGUAACCGUUUUAACGGACGAUGCCAGCACUACCGGUUCGCUGGACUUAAACAAUAAGAAAAACCUGCUGAGCACUAAGAAUAAGAAAAAGACAAAACCCAAUAAAAGACAGCAGCAGCGAAUGUCGGCCAGUGGCCUUCAUAGGCAGCACAAGCACGAGGGCUUCCAGCUGAUCGAACCGGAGUUCCCUUCGCCCGUCGGCCAUCGGGCCAGAGGAGGUUGUGAUAGUGUGGACAAGGAUGACCAACUCGAUACCGAGGGCUCCCAGGAGGAGCAACAGUCCGAGCAGCAUCCGCUGGAAGAGAUUCCCAAUGGAGAGUUGUUGGAGGAAGAAAAGAAAAAUGAGAGUGUUGUUCCGCCAACUGUUGACCCAUUGGAGGUUAUUGCGGAGCAAAUAAAAGAAGAAGAACACAACGCGAUGGAGCAGAUUAAAUCGGUGGAAUUGAAUUGUGAUAAGGAUAACGAAACGGUGCCUGCCGAAGCGCCCCCGAUGACGCAGGUGGACGUCAUCGAGGAGCAACAGGAAGCUCAAGAUAUGGUGCUGCUAGCAACUCCCCCACAACCACCACAAUCACCAACGGUGUCUGCUAUUGCCGUGGUAGAGGAACCGAUUAUUGUUAAAAAGACUGAAACUGACCUACAGCAAAAGCCACAGAUUGAACAACCGAUGUGCGAGGAAGAGCAGAGCUCUGUACAGUGUUCUGUGCCCUUGGUUGUCGUUGGUCAAGAGGAGCAAGCACUCAAAGAGGUCUCAAUCUUCGAACAACCAGCCUCUCGGUCCGUUGCAGAACCAGUGCCUGAAGACGAGAAACUCGAUGGGACACAGUCCCCUGCGGAUGAUGACCAAACGAUUGAUGAAAUAUAUUCGAACAAGAACGUGCUAACCAGUGCUGCCAAACAGCUCGCGUUGGGUAAUCGGCGAAGUCUUCAGCUCCUGCAGGAAAAAGACAAUGACGUGGGUGAAGCAGGACACGAUCAUGCUGGUCGAUUGGAAGAAGAAGACGAGUCUCGUGGCAAGCGUGGCAGUGUGUCGGGCGUUGGCUACACCGAGAGUAUCGACUCGGGACUGCAGAGUCCGGUGUCACCAUGCGGUGGCGUAUCAUCGCCGGAAGCAUCGGCGAUGGCCAGUUCAAUCGCGAGCGAUGAGGCAACGCCGGGGUCACCUCCAUCGGAGGAACCACCAAAACCACUGACCCAGACCGUCGCUACGUGGCUCCUGCGUAAGCUGGAAGUGCACGAUUUAGAGGAAGUAUUUGUUCUUCCGAGCGAUCCGCACCUCUUGCAGCGCCUCGAGCGGUUCCAGUUGCUGCAGCGUGGCGACAAUCGGUUACGCGCCGGAACCUUCUCUUCCGACUCCGAAGACGUAGACGACCUGGAAGAUGAAGACUCCGAUAGCGACUACAUGAGUGACGGUCAGGGCAGACACGAUCGUGCUGCUGAUGGCGCUUUCAAUACCCUUGCAAUACCCGUCAAUACCGAACCAGGUGCUUCUCCGACUGAAAACGAUGCCUCGCUAGCUAACGCCAAAAUUCAGCUUCCCUCGGAAGGAACAGCACCGACGAAGUCACCUGUACUUAAAUCUAGUGAUAGCCGUAGCAUUAAUUCCCAACCAGGUGCGCCUCGUGAAGCUGCUUCCUCCGGUUCCGUCGGUGAUUCAAAACGAUGCGUCAUCAUGUAGGAGGGGAAGGAAUACGGAUCUGUGGAACAGUUCGUCACGCAAAUUGUUCGACGAGCUCAAGCGACAUCAUCAUUAUCACCGCCACCAUCCAUUCGUCAUCGUAUACAUAUAUUAACAUAAACCUAAGCCGCGAGCAAACCCCGCAUCUCCCCCCACAGUAGCCGUACGACACACCGCCCAAUGCCUUUUCCCCAUGUUUUGAUUUGGAGAUACCUUUAGACGUUUAGAUGCGGUGGGGUUUCAACUGCUGCUUAAAGCGAUCACUUAGCGCCAAGAAAAUGCCAUAGGAUUGCUGGUGAGAACGUACUUAAGCACAAGAACUGAACUGGCAAAAACUUUGUUGGGAAGAAAAUCGACGAUAAAAGUGAGUCGAAGAUCGCAAACCACGGAAAGCGAUGAGUCAUGCUAUUGUUACUACUGUUAUUGAAGAUCAAUCAAUUAUCAACACAUUCUGGCGAUGGAGGGCAGCGUUAAAAUUCUAAAUGAUGCGACCACAAGAAUUAAAACAAACUACCGGAAGUGUGCUUCUUUUGAAACGUAGUACGUAAGCGCUCCCGUUCGCUAUGUACGUUCCUUGGUUUGAUAAAACUCUUAUUUUUGUUUCGUAUAUUUUUGCGUACGUUUUUAAUCGUUUUGUAGACUUUUAACGACCCAGUACUCACCAAACCCGGCCUCGCCUCGCUAUGGAACUCGAUUAGUGCGCUUACCGCGCCACCAUUGUUGAAAAGUAAUGCAUAUUACAAGUUAAUAAGGGCAGUAAUUUAAUAAUUAUUAAUAGCAAACAUACCGAACGCAGGCGAGUUACAAAUUUAAGAAGCAACGGGACAAAAGAAACAAACACCGUUGAAAGGAUAAGACAUUACUAAUAAAGAUAAAGUAAUAAAAGAGGAAAA